AUGGAUUAAGAAAUUAAUAAUUUCAAUCUACCUGAUAUCAGAGAUAAAGAUGAUUCAGAUGAUCAUGAAGAUUAUAAUCCAUUUAUCUAUCAUCAUUAAUAAGAAGACUAUCAUUCAUUUGAAAAAAUAUUUUAGAAUCAUUUUGAUAUUAUUAAUAAUAGAUGGAUUACAAUACCAAGAUCUAAAAUCUAUUUAUUAAGAUCAGCUAUGCAUAAAUUGAAAAAAUGGUUACUUUAUUUAAGAUAAGAGCAUAAUAUCAUUUAAUCUAUCAUUAAAUAAAAUGAUGAUCUCAAAAUACAAUUAAAAAAGAACCAAGAAUUAUAAUCCAAUCAUUAUCUAGUUGAAUAACAAAGAAUGAAUCAAGUAUUUCUAAAUAAAUUAUUACUAAGUUAUAUGAAGAAAUUAGAAAUUUAAGAUAAGAGUUAAAAGAUAGAGUUUAAUAAAUGAAUGAUCAAAUAAAAUAACUCAAAGAUUCAAUUGGUGAAAAGGAUAAAAAGAUUUAAAGAUAAGAGUUGACAAUACAACGAUUGAAUGAUGUAAGUAAUGGAUAUGAGAAUCAAAAUAAAGGGUUAUAAUAAUAAAUAAACAAUUUGCAAAAAGAUUUUACAUAUUUCAAUAAUAUAAAAAGGUAAGGUUUCAUUGAUGAGAAGGCAUUAGUUGGUGGAAAUAUGAGUACUUUUGAGUUGAUAUUAGCAUCUAAGGUUAAAAAUAAACUAUUAUAAUUCUUAUCGUUAAAGGAUUAUCAAAAUCUAAUGAUUUGCAACCGUAAAUUAUAUCUUUCUUUAAUAUCACAUAAUACAAUCAUUCCUCAUGCUGUAAAUUAACUUAGUUAUAAAUUUAAUCAGUAAUUUAAAUUAUUGUAAAAUGUGAAUGAGGAAUUCAAAGUAUUGAAAUUAAAAACAUCAUAUAAUAGAGUGUUAUAAAAUAGAGUGAUGAUCCUAAACUUAGAGAGAUUAUGAUUAAGUAGUUUGAAUUAAAGGUUAAUUUCUCUGAGUAUAUCAUUCCUACUUUACGUGAAUGUUAAUCUUUGAUAGAUGGAGAUAAUUUUAUAGGAUUAAAAAAUAAUCAACACAAUAAAGAUUGUAAACUAUCAUUAUUAAUUUAGUGAUGGAUCUUUUGGAAGGUUAUUUAGCAUAAUAAUCUUAAAGUUAUUAGGCAGCAUUACAGAGUUUAGUAUAAGACAAAUUCCCUUGGAAUCAAUUCUUUCCUAAAACUUAAGCUACUGUCUAAUAAGUUUAAUUAUAAAGAAAAUAAUUUCCAACAUCUUCUUAAAUGUUUGCUUAAUAAAUAAUCACAAGAUUGUAUGAUCUUAGUACAGUCUGUGCUUAGGACUCUUCAAUAUUUGGGAUGUUUUUAUCAUAAUUAUAACGUUGUUUAGCUUCAUUAUUUGUUUAUGGUUAACAUUUAACAUAAGAAGUUAAUGAUUUAUAAUCACUUAAUUAUUAUAUAAUGACUAAGUUUUUCUUUUUGUUAAAAGAAAAGAAAAAUAUUGAAGAUUAAUAUGAAGAUUUUAAAACAUAAUUAGGACUAUAUUAAGAUGCAAAAAGAUUUUUAAAGUAAUUUAAUUAAUUAAUAUUAUAAGUGAAAAAGUAAAAGGUUUAGAAAAGAUUAUUGAAGAUAAAAAUGAAAGAAUAAAUAAUUUAAGUUAAUAACUUUACUUGAAAGAGAGUUCAUUAAAAUAAAAUUAAAUAGUUGUUUAAAGAAAUAAUGAAUCUAUAAGAUUAUAUUAAGAUAAAUUAAAAAUAUUGGCAAGAGAAGUAAUGGAUGUAAGAAGAAAAUAUAAGAAUACUUGUAUGGAGUAUAAUGAAAUAGUUUCUAGGUUUAAUAUGUUAAAAAUAUAAUUGGAGAAAAUGGAAAAGCAAUAAAAGAAUUGA